CAUGUUAAUCCAGGGGAGGGAAUAGUGACUGGAGCCCGGUAGGAUUGAUGGUCCGGGGUGGCACGGCUGGAGGCCUCGGAGGCUUGGGAGUUCUUGUCUGGAUUGCCCUUCUGUAACGUGCACUGGGUCUCAGGCCUGACCCUGGCAGCAGGAUCGACCCCUUGUGGCCACCUGCGCGGGAGACCCCAGCCGCUACUACAACAGGGCUGCAGGGCAGUGCUGCUACCGCUGCUCGACAGGGUCAUUGCCAACACAGCCGUGUCCUCAGGGGCCUUCCGACUGCAGGAAGAAGCAGUGUGAGCCUGACCACUACCUAGAUGAGGACGGCUACUGCACGGCCUGUGUCACCUGUUCCAGAGACGACCUCGUGGAGAAGGCACCCUGCUACUCGAACUCUUCCCGCGUGUGCCAGUGCCGGCCGGGCAUGUUCUGUGCCACCUCUGCCACCAACUCCUGUGCCCGCUGCUUCCCGCACUCUGCCUGCUCCGAGGGGAUGGUGAUCACGGCCCCAGGCACAGCUGAGACGGACACGGUCUGUGGCUGGCCUUCCCCGGGAACCAGCCUCGCCUGCGCCAGCCCCGAGGCCUGCAGGACACCCGCCAGCCGUACCACCCACAAUGUCAAGCCAACUGUGACGCCCCAGGCCAGUGCGGAUGCCAGGACCCGAGCCCUAGGCAGGAACACCCCGCUCCGGCUGGAAGAUGCUUCCCGACCGCGACUCAUGGGGCUUCCCGAGUCCUCCUUCUCCACGGUGGAGCCGGGCGCAGACCCAGGGCCGUCUCCCUCGCAGCCCUGUCUGCAGGGCUCCGCUGACUGCCCGAGGAAGCAGUGUGAGCCCAACCACUACCUGGACCUGGACGGCCACUGCAGGGCUUGCGUCAGCUGUGCUGGAGACGACCUCGUGGAGAAGGCGCCGUGCUCCUGGAACUCCUCCCGUGUGUGCCAGUGCCGGCCCGGCAUGUUCUGUGCCACCUCUGGCACCAGCUCCUGUGCCCGCUGUGUCACCUGCCCAGUCUGUGCACCAGGGACGGGGCCUGGACUGCAGGGUGUGGCUGGCGGGGAUGCCACCUCCAAGCCGCUUCCCCCAGGGGCCUGUCCUGACUGCAGCACCCCAGAAAGCAGCAAGGCUCCUGCCAGCACGAGCCCCACGCUGAGCCCCCUGGAGGGCUCCCCAACCAGCCGCAGGCCGCCCAUCUCCACUAGCGCUCCAGUCUCCCUCUCCUCCACAGGGAAGCCCAUUUUGGAUCCAGGACCCGUGCUCUUCUGGGUGGCCAUGGUGCUGGCCGUGGCGCUGGGCUCCGGCUCCUUCCUCCUGUGCUUCCGGAGGGCCUGCAGGGCGCGGAUCUGCCAGAAGCUGCACCUGUGCUACCCGACCCACACCUUCCGACCGAAGCUGGAGCGGGCGGAUUCCAGAUCCAGGAGGAGCCUGACGCGGCCCGGGAGUGACAGGUCAGGGACAGAGCCGGGCACAGGGGCACUGAAUGUAUCAAGCCCCUGGGUCGAGGAGACCUGUGCCAGUGUGGGGGCGGCCUGCCCCGAGAGCCUCCUGCUGCUGGAUGACAGUCCUCCCGGGGGUGCCUCACCUCCCAGGGACCCCCCUGAGCCCCGGGAGUCCACAGAGCACACCAACAACCGGAUCGAGAAGAUCUACAUCAUGAAGGCUGACACAGUGAUCGUGGGGAGUGUGAAGACGGAGGUGCCCGAGGGCCGGGGCACCGGGGGCACCGUGGGCCCAGCGGGGCCUGGGCUGGAGGCCGAGCUGGAGGUGUACCACGCCCCCCACUACCCUGAGCAGGAGACAGAGCCGCCCCUGGGCAGCGGCGGGGACAUCGUAAUGUUCUCUGUGGAGGAGGAAGGGAAGGAGGACCCCUGGCCCCGUGGGAAGUGAGACCCAGGCUGGACGGGGGCGGGGAGGGUGGCCGGGGGUCCUGGCAGGCCAGAGUGGCACUGGAGCUGCCCAGCUGGCGGGCAGGGGCCACACAGUGUGGGCUGAGGCCCCGGCAUCCCACGGCGGACCACCGAUGGCCAAGCUGCCUCCCGUGGCUGCCGAGAGUGCUGGGCCCAGACUUGGCACCAGACACUCAGUACCAGGGCCGGUGCUCACCGAGAGAGGGGACACGAGGCCGGUCCCGUGUGCCCCUGUGCCCUCCUCUCUCCCUGGGCCUCAGCAGUGAUGCCCAUCGGGCCUUGCUGGCCUCCUGCCAGCCCCCAGUUACUGUAAACCUGGCUCCCAGUGGGCUGCAAGCCAGCCUUGUGGCUUUCUCCUGAGUCAGAAGGGAAGUUGAGGGAUGAGGUGUCAUCACUGCUGUCGCUGGCACCAUCUGGGCUGCACCAUCGCAUGGCUCUCUGCACUGGGGAAGACCCAGGAACCACGCACUUGUCUCCAAAUGUCCCGCAGUCGCCACGGCAGGAGGAUUUUGAGACCCAGGUGCCUAUAGGCCUUCAGCAUCUCAGUGCCAGGCCCCAGCUGGAGACUCCAUCCACCAGCUGCCAUGGAGAACGGCCUGCCCUGCUCUGCCCAGGGUCUUCUCCCAGUGAGGAGUCUGAGCAGCGGCCCUUCCUGGACUGCUCGGCAGCCCCACCCUCAUGGUCUUGGGAAUCAGAGGCCUCUGUCCUCGAUCUUCCAUGCUUGUGGAGCCGUUCGCCCUGGCCCUGUACCCGUCAGGUGUGGGCACCGGAAAGCCCCUGGCCUCACACGGACACCCGGCCUCACUCUGCACCAAUGGGAAAGAGAGCGUUUGGUGGUUGCAACUGGAUUUUGGGCGCUCUGUGGUAAUGUGAAGGAUCAGAGUUGCUCCGACUUGCAGCUUGUGGCCUGGUCUCUGGGUCUCUUUAGCAAACAAGUGGUGAUGACACAUCUGUGGGUCAGCCUCGAGGAGACCCCUGGACUUACCCACGAGCUGGGAGGCUGUGUUUACUCCCCAGCCUUCACUCUCUGGAGGAAGUUGAGGCUGUCUCAGGAGUUAGAAGCGUAGUUUCGGAAACCACUCAGAUGUUUUGGGGAAAGCUGGAACAGCUGGGCCACUUCGAGAGGUGCUCACACACCGGGCCCUGGACCUGGGCCAGGGGGACUUUGAGUGUCUGCCGCUGUCUCGUGCCGGGAUGGAGUGGGUGUGCCCAGCACGCUGCAGCCAGGAGGAGCCGUGGGCACCACAGGGCAUGCUGAAAACCUUGGCUAAAUAAGGCAGGCACUCGCCCAGUGCCCUUUGCACAAUUUUUAACCAUCUAAAAAUCCAUAAGAUCCUUUACAAACAAUGAAUCAUGUGGCCCAGCAGGGAUUAUGGAGAUAACAUUUGAGAGGCUUGGAGCAGGAGCGUCACAGGAUUCCCUCCCCAGGGCUAGGCUCCUUCUUCACCCCGACACUCAUGGCCAGGGACAGGAGCUGCUCCCUGCAGGGGCUCCCCCUCUCGCUGCACAAAGCCCUUCCUUAUCCAGCAAGGCUGCUUCUCCCUCCAUGUAACCCCAUUUCCUGCCCCACAGCCUACCCUUUGAGGACACUCAGAAUAUCAUAGUCUUGUCCUAGGUCACCUCUGGGUGCUUGCAGAAGGGAUCAGAACCUCUCUGGGGCCAACUCCUCCCUGGGCUGGCCGAGCAGCCCAAGGCUUGGAGAAGGAGACUCCAAACAGUGAGCCAGGGCCCAAGCCCAGAGCAGCCCAGGGAGGACUGUGGGUCUUGGGCUUCUGGGGCUGAGCCAGAGGGACCCCAAGCUCCCCCGGCACAGCUCCCUUGACUGUGGCUCCCAGGUGGGGUGAAGACCAAGGGCCAUGAGGAGACCUUCCCCCCCCCCCCAGCCCC